CCUGCGAGCGGCGGACGCAUGCGCAGUCGAUAAAGCACAUUCGAAUCGAACGCUCGCUGCCGUACCGCCAAAGUCGAGAAAACGGCACCUCGAUUGCAAUUCCCAUUCAUAUCCAUUCAUACGAUUUUGGUCUUGGCUUCGGCUUCGGCUUCAGUUUCAUUUUCAUUUUCAAUUUCAAUUUCGGUUUCGUUUAUUUGUGUUUUAUAUUUUUUUUUUGGUUUUCGAUUUCGGUUGCGGCGUUUUUGAAAGCUCUCCUCCGCUUGGAAAGAAAGUGCUGUCUUUUUUGCCUUUAGCCGCCGAUCCUUGGGCAGCUUUCGUUUUCGGUUUUCAGUUUUCAGUUUUUAGUUUUUGGCUUUCGUUUCGCUGGCGAUCGAUUGCGAACCGGUUGGACUUCUGAUCGGUUACCCAGUUACUUAAUCCCCGCGUGCGGCGUUCAUGUAACCAUAAUCCUGGUCAGCAUGCGACUGCCGCUGCUCUUUCUGGCGCUGAUCGGAUUGCAGCAGGUGUCCAGAUCCAGGGCCACGGUGCGUCAGUCGCGCGAAAUCAUCAUCACCGAUGCGGUGCGCCGCAUCCAGAACGACGGCUACAACGUGGAGCGCCACUCGGUGACGACAAAGGACGGAUACGUGCUGACCUUGCACCGCAUCCCGCAGGUGGACCCCGAACUUGGCAGCCUCCUUCGACGUCCGGUCGUCUUCCUGCUUUCCGGACUGUAUGCCUCAUCGGAUGUGUGGCUGCUGAACGGACGUGAGGACUCCUUGGCCUACCUCCUGUGGCGCGCAGGAUACGAUGUCUGGCUGGGCAACAACAGGGGCAACAUCUACUGCCGGAAGAACGUGUGGCGGAACACGACGGAGCGCGAGUUCUGGGACUUCAGUUGGCACGAGAUGGGCGUCUACGACCUGCCCGCCCAGGUGGACUACGUGCUCCGGACCACCGGGCAAAGGGCCAUGCACUUUGUGGGCAUCUCGCAGGGCGGCACCGUCUUCCUGGUCCUCAACUCGAUGCUGCCGCAGUACAACUCCGUCUUCAAGAGCGCCACUCUUUUGGCGCCCGUUGCUUAUGUGAGCAACACGAAGAGCGGGCUGGCCAAGGUGAUCGGUCCUGUGCUGGGCACCCGGAACUACGUCUCCAAGAUGCUCGAGGGCGUGGAGAUGUUCUCCACAAACAAGUUCUUCAAGAAGUUCCUCUCGAUGACGUGUCUGGAGAACGAGAAGCCGCUGGUCUGCAUCAGUCGACUGUGGCCAGCGGUUGGCUACGACACUCGCUUCCUCAACAAGACCCUUCUGCCCGACCUGAUGGCCAACUUUCCGGCCGGGGGAUCCGUGAAGCAGCUGAUGCACUACUUCCAGGGCUACGUGUCCACGCGAUUCCGGCAGUACGACUACGGACCGGAGAGGAACUGGCUGCACUACCAGCAGCUGGAACCGCCGGAAUACGCGCUGGAAAACGUUUCCACGCCAAUCACGGUCUUCUUCUCGGAAAACGAUUACAUCGUGGCUCCGGCGGACAUCUGGCGACUGCUCACCCGGCUGCCCAAUGUCGAGGCGGUUUACAAGGUGCCCUGGAAAAGGUGGAACCACUUCGACUUCAUCUGCGGACUGGGCGUCAGGGAGUACAUCUUCGACAACAUAGUCCUCUCGAUGAAUCGCUACGAGCAGCGACGACGCUGAGGGUAAUCAGGAGAGAGUUCGAGGACCAGGAAGGCGGUCGAGGAAGGAUCACAGCCAGAACUAUCACUA